AUGGGCGGGAUGAUUAUCACUGGAUUUGAUAGGGGAAACCCCAUCAAUAUCCUUCUUCGAGGUCAGCUCAGCCUGCCGUACCAUGCAUUGACGGCGGACACUACCAUAUAUGACAGCAGUGGGAGAGCAGUUGACCCUGUGCGGGAUCAACUGGUUGAGAAGCUGUAUAACGACUGCCUAGAUCGAGUCAGCGAGUACAAGCAUAAGAAUCGAACAGCAAAGCUUAUCGAGGGCAGACGGGAUCUUAUUGAGGAAGGACGAGAUAGUCCUGGCGACGGUAGCAAGACCAUGUUCCAAGAGGAAGAGGCUGCCGCAGCACAACCAUAUGCAGCACCAGUAGCUCAACAAAAUGUCCCAGAAAAAGUCAACUUAAUACCGGUGUCUUCAGACAAGCUCACUGGCCGCGUACAUAUGGAGCCCGGAACCCCUGCAACCAUCAAAGCAUCGGACAAAGCAAAGCUUAUGGGAUGGACAAUUCGAGAUUCUGCUGACGGUGAGAACAUCGACUUGGUACCAGCAGUAAACGAGGAGGGUGCAACCUUGGGUUCUGUUCUUGACUCUGCCAUUUCUCAGUACAAACAAAUUGUCGGUCUGAAUGCUCAGGACCACCGACUCAUCAAUUGGCAUGUCGCCAACUUGGAGUACAGUAAUGCAACAAGCCUGCAUAACCUGAGUCUUCCACUGUGGGACAUUGAUGCGGGUAACGAGUGGGAGGGAAGCCACACCAUGGUCGUUGGCGGCUAUCAGAGUGUUGCUCGUGGGUUAGCUCAGUGCCCAAGCCCUCUCGAUCUCAAGACCAAGUUCCCUGUCAAGAGCGUAUCCUACCAUACUGGUGAGGGUAUGGCGUCAGCCGCGAUUGAAUGUGAGGACGGCUCAGUAGUGGAUGCUGAUGCCGUUGUCUGCACUGUUCCUCUUGGUGUCUUGAAACAAAAUAACAUCGUCUUCAACCCACCCCUCCCGUCGUGGAAGACCGACGUCGUUGAGCGCUUAGGGUUCGGCAUAUUGAACAAGGUUGUUCUGGUAUAUGAUGAAAUUUUCUGGGAGCAAGACAGGCACAUAUUUGGCGUAUUGCGGGAGUCGACGAACCGGCACAGUACCUCGCAGAAAGACUAUGCCACGAGCCGUGGUCGCUUUUUCCAGUGGUUCAAUGUUUCCAAUACGACAGGCUUGCCAUGCCUUAUUGCCCUCAUGGCUGGCGAAGCAGGCUUCGAGACAGAGCACUCAAGUAACGAUAGCCUUGUAGCCGAGGCAACAGAGGUGCUGCGCCGUGUAUUUGGUAAAGACGUUCCUUAUCCAGUCGAGGCUAUGGUAACUCGAUGGGGCUCGGAUCGUUUUGCUCGAGGAAGUUAUUCUUCUGCUGCUCCCGGUAUGCAGCCUGAAGAUUACGACGUUAUGGCGCGGCCUGUUGGAAACCUUUUCUUCGCAGGUGAACAUACUAUCGGCACGCAUCCAGCUACAGUACACGGCGCCUACCUGUCUGGCUUAAGAGCAGCUUCAGAAGUGUUAGAGGCUCUGAUAGGACCUGUUGAGGUCCCAACUCCUCUGAUCCUGCCUAGGGAUUCUGUUCUGCUACGCAAGCGAAAAGAGCCUGCCAAAGACCUAAAACCAGCACGGCUGCAAGCCUAUGAACAGGAUAUACAGGCCCAUAUUCAGGCCAAAAUUGGAGAUCGACCUUCUCGCCCAGCCAAGGUCGCUAGUAACCCAUAUAUCCUUUAUAGCAAGGAUUUAUUCGAUGUUGCACGAAAAAGGUGCGAAGAGAACCGAAAACCUGGCAGGGGUGGCCGUGCUGUGCCCAACGAAGUUCGCAUCAUGACAUCCAAGAUGUGGAAGGAGGCUACGCCUGAAGAGCGUAAGCCGUACGAGGAUCAGGCAACUGAAAUGAAACGAGGCUACGCUGAAGCUGUGCAGUCCUGGAACCAAGCGACGGAAAAAUGGGAUCGUGAGUCGGCCGCUCUGAGGACAGCUUAUGAAAAAGAGAAUCCCUUCGACUCUUAUAAAAUUCAAAUGGAAGAUCCUCGCGAGGCAUCAUACAAGCAACGUCGGACAAGAAAUAUCAGUUAUGCGGAGGACGGCGAUAGCGAUGUUGGGUUCUGA